AUGGAUCAUACACUUUUCACGCCUCAGCUUAAGCUGACGCUCAUUACUACGGCGGAGAGAGGAAGCCAGGAAUUCGAAUGGUUGCACGAACUACGCAGAGAUGAGAAAGCCGCAUUCUGGAGCAUUCACGGAAUCUCAAAAAGCUUUGAAGAUACCGAAAGGUUCAGUAAGAACGUCUUGCCAACCACCGUCAAGGAAGGCGAAACGAAGUCCUACCGAAUCGCUUAUGCUGUGCACGAGUUACUCCCCACCUCCGGAAACGAUGCAGUCAACAAAGAAGACAUUCCAACCCGCUUCGUUGGAAUCAUUACCGUUAAAACCCUAGGUCCACAAGGCCUCGUUAUAAGAUCCGACAUUUUGCCUCCUUCUACUUCCGAACCCGGAUGUCUCGUCGUAGAAAUGGGUUAUAGCUACCUCCCGUCCGCAUGGGGUAAAGGCUACGCAACAGAUGCAGUAAAAGCAACGAUGGAAGCUUGCAAGAGAGGGAAGACUUUCUGGGAGCCGUACGACAGGGUGUUUGUAAGAGCCAUUGUCAGUCCGGAGAAUCCGGCGAGUCAACGUGUGAUGGCUAAAAGUGUCAACGCCACGAGCACCACGCGAGUGUCCUCAUAUUCAAACCCAGAGAUCCCAGCAGAGGUCAUCACAACUUCUCUGUCGCUGAACGGCCCCACAGUGCUGCGCCUGUUAGAAGCUUUCUUCGAGUACAUCCAGCCGAUUCCCGUCUAUUCGUUCUUCCAUAAAGCUUCACUGAUCCAUCGAUUUGAGUCUAGCUCCAUCAGUCCUGAGCUUCUGCUUGCCCUGAUUGGUACCGCAUAUGACAUGCUCGAGACGGAAGCUCCCAUGAAAGAACUUGGUCGUAAAUGCCUCUCGAAAGCCGAAGAAUUAGUGAUGGAAGGCAUCAAAACGCCAUCGGCUGUGAAGAUACAGACUCUCAUUCUAGUGAUACAGGCGCACUGCCGCCAGGGGCAAAUCACCGCACCGUUCAUGCUCUUUGCAAUCGCAGCGCGAUUUGCUCAUGCCUUGAGACUGAAUCACGAGACAUCUGGGCUGUGUUACCUUGAGCAAGAGUCCCGUAGAAGGCUCAUGUGGAGUUUGUUCACAAUCGACGUACGGCUAGCUGGAGGCAUUCGCGACUUUUCACUCUGUCCUGCCGAUGCUAUAUAUGUUCAGUUGCCAUGUCAAGAACGCAAUUUCGAGCUAGGCCUUGAGCAAAUAACAGAGGAUUUACAACCAAACAGCAGUCAAUCUAGUGGCGAGAAUGUUGGGUCGCUUGCGACGUAUCUGAGGAUAUUCUGGCUUCGUCAUCGCAUCCUUCAGAUGACUAAAGAAACCAUCUUCUCGCAAGCUCGAGGAAUAAACCAGCUUCCUGCAAAGGUUGAUUCGUUGGCCCAAGAACUUUCAAACUUCGAAGCAAACUUGCCCGUGAGCUUGCAAUUCUCGAAGAGAAGUCACCAAUUAAGAGCCUAUUCACCCAGACUUUACACGUACUUACUAAUACAUCUCUGGUUACGGCAAUGUUAUUGUGACCUAUAUCGCGUAUUUCUGACUGGGUUGAAAGAGUCCAUUACCGAAGACCAAGCCCGUCAUUUGGAUCUGAACAUGGUUUCGAAUUAUUGCUGGAAAUGUUACGAGAGUGCGAAGAAGAUGUCUGACUUCCUGGACAACAUUAAGACUAUGGGUAUUAGGUUGCCUAAGACGGAACACGAUAUACCUAUAUGCGCGUAUCAGUGUGUUCGGUUGCUGCUGCAGUGUUCCUGGCGAUGUGGUUAUGUAGACGGCAAAUUGACGGAGGACAUCCUCCAGCUUCUUCUGGGUCAAUGCUUAGCAGCAGUAGAGGCUGUGCCGUCGACAUCUUCAAUCGGUAUACGUGUGGAAAGAGAUCUUCGAGACUUGAUCAAACAAGGGAGAUCGUCAGGUGCUUCGCCAGAUCGUGCGGAGUCUCCAGUUGACGUAGGGCAACCAGGCCACCGCCCUUUGAAACAUCUCUUUUCAAGGCACAAUCUUCUUGGACAGAUGUACAUUAGAGACGACCAGGCUAUGCUAACCAUACAGAGUGGUCUGGACCACGAGGUCUCUGGAGCUGCAUCGCGCACACGGCCGCCUACACCUGUUCCGGUCAUGAUACAAACUGCAGACUCUGAAAUUAUGCGUGAUACCGCUGAUCAGCGGACUGGGUCUGAACUGGUCAAUUCGGCUUCUUUAGACGCAUUUAACAGCGAUCUAGACGGACUGUUCGACUUGAGCAUUGCUGACAUGGAUCUAUUCGGCUGGUCGGGAGACCUUUGGACAAACAACACAUAG